CUCGGAGUCGUGGCUUAAGGCGGGUUCUCCAAUCUCCAGGCUGCAACUGGCUGCCUUGCUCAGGACCCAGUGUGAUCACUUCCUGUGGAGUUUCCCCAGCCCAAGGAGGAGGGGGAAGAGGACGAGAGGGAGGCGAGCGGUCGUUCGGGGUUAGGUUGGGGGGUGUCAGUCCGUUCAGGGCGGGUGAUGACUCACGGCCCAUCCCAUCUUCCCGACGCCGCCCGCCCACGCAGAGCUAGCUCCAUGGCUUAACGGAGGAGGCAGCGGCAAGCGGGGGGGAGGGGACUCUUAUUUUGUUAGGGGGACCGGGCCAAGGCCCGACCGGCCUGGCAGGGCUCGCCCGGAGCCGGGCGUCAUGUCUCAUGCAGCCGAGCCAGCUCGGGACGGCGUAGAGGCCAACGCGGAGGUCCCUCGAGCCGUGUUCCUGCUGUUGGAAGAGCGCAGACCAGCUGACUCGGCCCAGCUGCUCAGCCUGAAUUCUUUGCUUCCGGAAUCCGGGAUUGUUGCUGACAUCGAGUUAGAAAACAUCCUUGAUCCUGACAGCUUCUACGAGCUCAAAAGCCAACCCCUACCCCUCCGCUCCAGCCUCCCAAUAUCACUGCAGGCCACGCCGAGCACCCCAGCUACCCUCUCUGCAUCGUCUUCCGCAGGGGGCUCCCGGACCCCUGCCAUGUCAUCCUCUUCAUCACGGGUCUUGCUGCGUCAGCAGCUUAUGAGGGCCCAGGCCCAGGAGCAGGAGAGGCGUGAACGCCGAGAACAGGCUGCGGCCGCUCCCUUCCCCAGCCCCGCGCCCGCCUCACCAGCCAUCUCUGUGAUCGGCGUAGCUGCUGGUGGCCACACACUGAGUCGCCCACCACCUGCUCAGGUGCCCAGGGAGGUACUCAAGGUUCAGACCCACCUGGAGAACCCUACACGUUACCACCUGCAGCAGGCUCGCCGGCAGCAGGUGAAACAGUACUUGUCAACCACACUUGGGCCCAAGCUGGCAUCCCAGGCCCUCACCCCACCACCAGGGCCUUCCAGUGCCCAGCCACUUCCUGCCCCUGAAACUGCUCAUGCUACCGGCCCUACAGGCAGCGCUCCCAACAGCCCCAUGGCACUGCUCACCAUUGGGUCCAGCUCCGAAAAGGAGAUUGAUGAUGUCAUUGAUGAGAUCAUCAGCCUGGAGUCCAGUUACAACGAUGAGAUGCUCAGCUAUCUUCCCGGAGGCACUGCGGGGCUGCAGCUCCCCAGCACGCUGCCUGUGUCAGGAAAUCUUCUCGAAGUGUACAGCAGUCAGGGUGCGGCCACCCCAGCCAUCACUGUCAGUAAUUCCUGUCCCGCUGAGCUGCCCAACAUCAAACGGGAGAUCUCCGAAACCGAGGCAAAGGCCCUUUUGAAGGAGCGACAGAAGAAAGACAAUCACAACCUAAUUGAACGACGCAGGCGAUUCAACAUUAACGAUAGGAUCAAAGAACUGGGCACCCUCAUCCCCAAGUCCAAUGAUCCGGAGAUGCGCUGGAACAAGGGCACCAUCCUGAAGGCAUCUGUGGAUUAUAUCCGCAAACUCCAGAAGGAACAGCAACGCUCCAAAGACCUGGAGAGCCGGCAGCGGUCCCUGGAACAAGCCAACCGCAGCCUGCAGCUCCGGAUUCAGGAGCUAGAACUGCAGGCUCAGAUCCAUGGUCUGCCAGUACCUCCCAACCCAGGACUGCUCUCCCUAGGCACGAGUUCGGUCUCUGACAGCCUCAAGCCAGAACAGCUGGACAUUGAGGAGGAGGGCAGGCCGGGCACCACGUUUCCUGUGUCAGGGGGGCCUGCCCCGAACGCUCCUCCUCAUCAGCCAGCGCCGCCUUCCGAUGCCCUUCUGGACCUGCACUUUCCCAGCGACCACUUGGGGGACCUGGGGGACCCCUUCCACCUAGGGCUAGAGGACAUUCUGAUGGAGGAGGAGGGGAUGGUGGGCGGCCUGUCAGGGGGUGCCCUGUCCCCACUGCGGGCUGCUUCUGACCCCCUGCUUUCUUCAGUAUCCCCGGCCGUUUCCAAGGCCAGCAGCCGCCGCAGCAGCUUCAGCAUGGAGGAGGAAUCCUGAUCGGGCCUCAGGCCUCCCCUCGGACUUCCCCACCCAGGGAAGGAGGACGAGCCUGGAGGAGACCCUGCCUUUUCCCCUACCCUCCUGUGAGACUGUCCUGUCCAGGAAAUCUGGGGGAAGAGGAGUUGCAGUCAGGCCCCAAACCUGUAAUAGGCAAGGAGGAGGAAUCAGGUGAGGCCCCGCCCCUUUUCCAGAGGACCCGCCCUGUCCAGGUACUUGUGAGGGAGAAGGCAGGAGAGAGCUGGGGAAGUUCUGGUCAUCACUUGAGCAUCAUAGCCUUACCCCUUGGCCCUGGUCCUACUCCUGCCUAUGUGAUGGAAGGGGGUAGGAUAACUAGGGACCCUUAGAAACAGGUCUGUGAAGGAGAGGAAUGCUACUCCAUUCCUUCUCUGAGAAUUGCCAGUUCAGCUUUUUCUGGCACUGGAAGAAGAAAAAUAAAAAUAGUGUCCCACCCCUGGAGGGUUAGUCCCUACCCCUUCCUUAUGACCCCUGACUUGUUCUUGCCCGUUCCCCUGGGGCCCAUCCCUUCUCUAGGAAAAGCUCAGCACAGGUUAUUGCACAGAUGGCGGAAUCGCCAGGCUCUGAGUGCCGGUGCAGAGGCCCCAGCCCUGGCCCUUAGCAGCACACCAUGCAAGCAUUCCGUUCAGCAGGGAGGACCCAGGCUCCCUGCCUACACCUGGGACCAACCCAGGACCUGACGUGUGAGGGCUCUGUGCUGACCUUAUUCUUAGGGAAGGGAACUGAUUUGGAAAUCUUGUGGAUUGACAUUCUAGACCUAGAUCAAGUGAGACUUAGAUCCUCACCCUAGGGACGAGAUCUUGCCUUUUCUGCCUUGAGGGGCAGUUUGGGGAGAUGGUAGGGAUUAGUGUGGACCCAGUCUAGGCACCCCAAUACUUCCCUUCAAUGUGUAGAAAAUAGUAAAGAAAGGGCGGGUCUAGUCUGCUUACCAGCCCAGAGAAACAUUAGACGUCUCCCCUAAAAGGCAGGGGCCUGGAGGAAUGGUGGCAAAGGUAUAAUGUAUCCCUCAUUUGUUGGUAAAUUUUUUUAUGGAACCCACCCACUCAGAAGUUGGGUCAACCCAGACCUCUGCCCCAUCCACACCAUAGUUCUCCAUUUGGGGGACUACCCGUGUUUCAGAGCCAGUCCCCACCUAGUCCAAUCCCCGCCACCUACAUCCAAGGUCUUCAGCUUUAAAUUGCUGGGGCCAGGCCCCAAGGAGGGUUUACUGAGGGGUCUGUAGGUUUGACUAAAAUAAUAAAUGCUAGGCGUGUUUGAUGCGCUUUUAACUUUGA